ACGAUGACUGGUUGUCAAUGUUAGAUAUCCUUCUUUUCGAUACGUUUCGUUUAGGUCUUAGAAAAAUGUGCUAAAGUAUUUUUGGUUAACCCGAAGCAAAAAAAUUCAUAACCAACAUCAUGGCCAGUGCACAAGUGCAGAGUUUCGAGUUCAAGGAGCACCAGGAUCAGCAUCAGCAGCUCGAGAAUCUGGAGGAGCAUCCGAAUCAGGAAGGUGUCCCGCCGGAGAGCAUAAACCAGGAGAUCAUCGACGACGAGCUGUACCAUGUGGAGUACAGACAUCCCCUGGAGCAUGUGUGGACUUUGUGGUAUUUGGAGAACGAUCGCUCCAAGCACUGGAAGGACAUGCUGAACGAGAUCACUCAGAUCGACAGUGUGGAGACCUUCUGGAGCUUGUACUAUACCAUCAAGACCCCAUCGGAGCUGAAGAUUGGAUGCGACUACUCCAUGUUCAAGAAGGACAUAAAGCCCAUGUGGGAGGAUGAGGCCAACAUCAAGGGAGGCCGCUGGCUGGUCACCGUGGGCAAAAGUGCCAAGCUGGAACUGGAUCGCAUUUGGUUGGACAUACUCCUCAUGAUGGUGGGACAAACCUUCGACCAUUCUGACGAAAUCUGCGGCGCCGUCAUUAACAUACGUGCCAAAAGCAACAAGAUCUCUGUUUGGACCGCCAAUGGCAACAACGAAAUGGCCAUCCUAGAGAUUGGCCAGAAGCUGAAGAUGCUUCUGCAACUGCAAUCCCAUAAUCUGCAAUACCAGCUCCAUUCCGAUGCCAUGUGCAAAAUCAAUUCGGGCGUCAAAUCGGUUUACACUCUCUGAAAAGGGAGUGCUGAAGGUCCUCUACGUUAUUAUAUUUGUAUUUUUAUACACCAGAUUCGUACGUGUGGAAGAUGAGAUUGGCUUAGUGUUUAUGAACGAUUACUUGGAAAUGCCUAAACAAAAUUGUUUGAAUAUCUAAAUUAAAGCACAAAAUUUCGUAUGCUUA